UAACGAUUAACAUGAUCGCGUGAGGUCUCAGCAGUCAGCGCACAGCAGAAACAGAAGCCAACUCCAACAACAACUCGAACUCAGCAGGAUCAGAAGCAAAAGGGCAGAGUUUUGAAGUUCAACUUCACGACUUCUUGACGCUCGGAAGAGCGACGUCAAAGACCCAUGUGCAUCGCCGUGUUCCUCUGGCAGGCUCACCCUCUCUACCCAUUCUUCCUCCUGCACAACCGAGACGAGUACCACGGUCGACCGACGGAACCAGUGGCUUGGUGGGACAAUGGCGAAAUCCUCGGAGGGAGAGAUGGUCUGGCCGGUGGGACGUGGCUGGCUUGUUCGAGGAACGGCAGGAUCGCUUUCGUCACCAACGUCAGAGAAGUCGCCAAAGGCCCCCAGCCCAGGAGCAGAGGAGACUUGCCUGUUCGUUUCUUGGAGAGCAAGAUGAAUCCCACCGAGUUUGCAGAAGAGGUUGUUAUGGAGGCACAUCAAUAUCGCGGAUUUAACCUGAUACUAGUGGAUCUAUGUUCCAAAUCCAUGAUCUAUGUGACCAAUAGACCAAAAGAUGACAAGGCUCUUGUUUCAGAGGUUCCUCCUGGGAUCCACGUGCUAUCAAAUGCAAGUCUAGACACACCUUGGCCUAAGGCUGUGCUAUUGAGGAGUAAUUUCGAAAAGUUUUUGGAAAAAUAUGGCACUGGUGAACUUCCAGCGGAAGAUUUGGCAGAUAAACUGAUGACAGACAUGACGAAGGCCGAUAAAAGAACGCUUCCCGGCAUUUAUUCUGUAGAAUUUGAGUAUAUGCUCAGUUCAAUUUUUGUUGAGGCAAACACCGAGCAGGGACGUUAUGGCACAAGAAGCAUAUCUGCUGUAUCGGUGAAGACAAGCGGGGAAGUUGCCUUCUAUGAAAAAUACCUUGGGGAGGAAAGUUGGAAGGAGCACACAGUGAGUUACAUGAUGGAGCAGGGCAAUGUUGUUCUAGGCGACUCGAACGAAUGAAAUUGGAGUACAAUAAAAGACUGAUCGAGCUUUUCAAUCUUAAAGAGCAGCGAAAGUAGUUUUGGAUAUGGUCCAUGAAUCGGUGAUCUCGGAUCUGAACGUCGCACAAUCUUCCCGCAUCAAAAGCAGGAUAAAAGUUCCUACUGAGAAUGUGUCGUGGCAAUGUCCAUUCAUACUUUAUGAGAUCUCUGCUGGCGUGGCUGGUGACUUACAUUGUUGGAGGGAUAUUUUAUGUAUUAACCUCCAAACCUAAAACUAUUGUAACGCGGUGUGCUGGAUAAAAUCAAUAAUAAGGCUACAAAAUUUUUUCUUGA